UGGAUUUUUUUUUUUUAAAUUUAGCCUCCCUUUGUUGGUUAAAGUGGUGGAGAAGAAACAUGUCUUUACAAGAGCUGCCCGGCUCUUUUGGAGUCAUGUUCCCAGCGUUCUCUCUGCCCAUGAAAGCGGAGCGCAGUCGAAAUAAGGAGCGGCUGGAGGCCAGUCUGGCCGGGCUGUGUGAGCUGGAGCUGCUCAAACAGAGGCAGGAAUGCAGGGUUCUGAGCGCUCUCUGCCUCGGGGACGCUCCUGCUCCUGGGCGUCCGCCUUGGGGAGCUCUACGGUCGGCACGCUGCGCCCUGGACACACCAAACGGCAACGCGUCGGAUGAAUAUGGCCUCGGGCUCCAAACUAGCAGCAUCCAAUGCACUCCCUGGGGCGUAAAGUCAUCUUUGGAACAACAGGUGGCGGAACUGAAGGUGAACACUGAGGUCAAAUCGGCAGAAUCUCCCACUGAUCUGGAGGAGAGGCGACUCAGUUCAGGAGAGGUCCUUGCAACCAAGCAAAAUGGAUCUCCUGAAUCAAAUUACCACCCUGUGGUCCCACGUUCCCUUUCAGUCUCUGAAGGGACAGGGGACACGGAGGCAGGAGAAUCAUGGUUGUUGGACCCAGCAAGACAGGCCACCGUUACUGAUGCUUUUGGGGAGAUAAGGGAUGGUGAUCUUGGUCAGGAAGAUUAUCAGCAAGUCCAAAAGGUAGAGACUUAUAUAUUUGGAUUGAUCCAACGCCGAGCUUUACCCGUACGCCCCUCAAAGCCCCGCACCAGCCUGGCACAUGAUGCCCGAGCUGUCAGUGUGGUGAGGCAGAGUAGUUUAUGCCGCAAAGAGGAGCAGCAUUUACCAAAGCAGGUGUCUGUUCAAGUGAUCUCAACUCCGUCCCAGUGUUCAGAGGGAACUGCACCACAGGCUUGCCAUAACCUGGACCAGGAGCGUUACCUAGGCAUAGAGUUUAAUGAAGAUGGGUCUUCCCCGUACCACCACCACCUCCAGCAAAGUGUUCAGCAUCAGCCAGGGUUUUAUCACAAGCCCAGGCAGGCCUCUGUGGUUAACACCUCCCGCUCAACCUCUCCGGACUAUCCAUCUUGCAGUGUGCUGCAAGUCCAUCAAGACUCCAGCAACAGCGAGCCUGAUUCACCCCAACAUUUCCACAACUACCAUUCCCCUCCAGCUCUGUCAAAGCCUCACCAUUCACCCUCUGAUGAGCAGCUUGUUAACGCAGAGUAUAUUCCAGCCCAGCCCUGUCGUGCCUCCACCAGAGCUUAUGCCCAUCAUCACUCUAACCCCCACAAGAGUUCUGGGAUGACCAAACCCAACCGAAGCAUGUUUUCUCCAGAAAGAGGCCACCAUCAUGAAGAGCAGCAGCCAACAGCGCCUCAGAUCCAGCCUUCCAAAUGUCGAGGGGGCCCGAAGAAGUGUCGUUUGAAUGAAGACAGAAGUGGUGCCAGCAAGAAGCCCGGGAAGAAGGCAUGUAGAUCUCAGUCAGAGAACAGCCUGCAAAGGGUUCCAGAGCGCAAGUACAACACAGUAGAGAGGGACGGUGGAGGAAGUGGAAGCGGUGGAAGGGGAAGCCGCAGUAGUCACUCCAGGAGCAAGAAACAACAACAAGGAAGUGGAAGCCAUCGGCGCUGGCAGUCCACCCUUGAGCUCAGUCAAGACGAAACUGACCAGCCACCUAUGCAGGCACCUGUGCAAGGCUCUUCAGCUUCAAAUCAAAGGGACCACUGUGCGAGACGCACACGCAAAUCUCGUGCUACGCAUACAUCAUAUGCGUACCAACACCGCAACCAAAACCACCACCACCACUCCCACCAUCAUCAGCACAUGGAGUACCAUUUAGAGAGGGAUCAAGUACCGCUGUGUAAGCCCAGUGAGGACUACCCUCAUCCAGGUCAGGGUGAGUCUGAGUCCAGCAUGAGUGAGGCUGACUCUCCAGAUUCCAGCUCUUUGUCCAGUGACUCAGAUGAAAGUGGUGGUCUGGUUUGGCCCCAACAACUACCCCCUCAACUUUCCCUCCCAUCACCUCCUGCCCCACCGGGAGCACCUCUGCAGCCCAAGGCUUUUGUCAAGAUUAAGGCCUCACAUGCCCUUAAGAAGAAGAUCCUGCGCUUCCGCACUGGUUCACUGAAAGUAAUGACCACUGUGUAAAGUGGAAUGCACGCUAGACUGAAGAGACACGAGCUGCAGAGCUUUGGACUACCUAAAAUGACAGACCACAAACUGUGAAAAUAGAAUGGUGAACAGUAACUGAAUAAAUCAACAUCUACAUGGAAGUACAAUUAUCUUCUUUGAGUGAAGUGUUUGGAUGAUUUUAGAUCAGCCUUAACAAGCAAUGAAGGAAGUGGCUAUCACCAUAUCAGCCUUUUUGUUUUAACAAUGGGAUGUAAAAUUGCAUAUGAAGUGUCUAUAGUUUACUAAAAUUCUUAUAUGGACGACUUAUGCUUUGUUGGGGGGGGUCCACAUCGGCCCUUAAAUAUCCACAAACAUUCAUCACACACCCACUGAAGGAAUACAUCAUAGUCCAUGCUGACAUUGUCAUUGAGAACAUAGGGAACUUUAUUUCAUAAUUUUUAUUUUCGGCCAGGCACAGAUUAAUCCUCAGUAUACCCACCAUUGUAAAGGACAUUAGCCCUCAUGCAAGACCCUGUUCGUAUUCUUAUCAUAUACCUGUUUUCUUUUUUGUGUGGCUUGUUCAUAUGAGUGUUCCAAAUCAGAUUCAUUUGACGAAUACCACCAAUUAAUGAGUAACUGUGUAUUUGUGAAAUUUGAUCACUGGCAUAACCUACACCCCCAAACUGCUGCAGCUGUGGCCAUGUUUUAUUCACAAAAAUGUUACCCGAGAGUCAGAAGAAGAACGUCACACUGCAGAGCUUAGAAUUCUACUGUCAGGAAUCAGCAGCUGAAAACAUAACAAAUGUAGCAGUGUCAGCAGCCAUAUUAUGGGACCCAAAGCCAUUAUUAUUACAGCUGCCAACAGCAUGUCAUCAGAGCAGAGCCAUACUGUGACAGAAAAUCAAGAGGGAAUGUUAUGAUGCUGAAAAAACAUGGGGCUAAAGCAAAGUGGGCCAUGAUUUGGAUGAGAGGUAGCUAAGGGCAUGUGAGAGUCAUGGAGAUGGAGAAGGCAGUGUUAUACAGUUGGUGAUGUGACACUGUUUGGUGCAACAGAGGAUGUUUGGUGCAACAGAGGAUGUUCACCUAGACAGUAAUUUGCAUAAAGACCCAAGAAAUUCAUAAAAUCUUACAUAACAAAAUCUUUAAUUCAGUUAUUGAUU